AUGAGCAGAGCAUCGUCAGAGCUGGCCGAAGGUUCAGUGCCUGCAAAUCUUCCUUCCCGCCCGGCCACCGUUGGCCACAAGGAAGGCCGAUCGCGAUACGUCAAGAUCAUGUCGACACUUGACCGUGUCGGCAUGAAGAAAGCCCUCCGCCUCAGGCCCAUGAGACCAGAAGCUUCUAUCGCAGACUUCAGACGAGCGAUAGCAUACCGUUCAUUCAACUCGCUACGGGACAAACAGAAAUUGGCGGUCUCUCUGGCAGCCAUCCAGAGAUCUCAAGAUGGUGUGGAAAGCCGUACGAAGCAGGGUGAGUCCAAUGUUCCGAAUGCAUUGAGCUCCGCUAAGACAUACAGUUCUCCAAACUUCGAUCCCGGAGGACAGCUCUAUCCUCCAAGGCCCGCACCAAGCCCGCAUUUUCACCUGACAGCGCAGCCACGAUACAGCAUAUACGACAGCAGUGAAACCAAGGGCGAAUUCAUCGUGGAUGUGAAACAUCCUCAUGAUGGGUGGCAGCAGGGCUCCGGAGGCUAUGGUGGUCCAGAAGCUCAUGGUCAAUUCGAAAUCAUUAUCAGCACCUCAGGAAGCAAAGUUCCCCUAGCCACCAGCUCAAUGACUCUCGGCCAGAGUGAGCGAUUAAUAUCUUUUGACCUGCGGAGGCUGCGGCCUCAACUGGAGCCGUACAGGAUUGAAGUCUCCGUGACCAAAAAGCAUUCCUGGAGAAGUUCCGACCACACAACCGAGACCGAGCUCUACUAUCUUCCGGCUAAGAGGACUGGGAGUACCGCGAAGGUAGACAACUUGAAUGGCGGGAUGUUAGUGGCAAACAAUGGCACGAAUUUCGAGUUCAAGCCAAUCCUACCUUUCGGGUUCUAUACAAGCUGCAGUGACUACUUGAACAAUUCCAUUGCAAAUGUCACGGCUUACAGAGACUUGGGCUUCAAUGCUAUCAAUCCUGUCUGCGCCUAUCCGGAUGGAGACAUGUCAUCCAUUCUCAACUCUCUGGACGCGCUGGACGUCUGGUAUCAAUAUGAUAUGCGAGGCUCCUACCUGAAUCUCUCUUCCGUCGCGGAGCAGAUACCACUGGUCAAAGAUCGCUCAAAUCUGCUCAGCUGGUAUACAGCCGACGAGCCUGAUGGCUGGCAGUAUGCGCUCAACUCAACAAAACUGGCUUACGAACUGCUGAAGCGAGAAGAUCCCUACCAUCCUACAGGUCUGGUCCUGAACUGUCAGAAUUACUACUUUGAAGAAUACACAUCCGGCACCGACAUCAUUAUGCAGGACGCAUAUCCCGUUGGGAUUGACCCACACUUCAGUCGCAAGUUCAACACCACGUGCAACGCGACUUACGGAGACUGCGGCUGCGAUAACUGCAUCGGUUCUCUCUUGGACGUCAGUGACCGUCUUGAGACGUUUGCGAAAUAUCAAAGCUGGCUAGAAAUCCCACAAAAGCCUCUGUGGAGUGUACUGCAAGCGUUCUCUGGCGAAAAGUAUUGGUCUCGCGAUCCCACGCCGGAUGAAACCUUCGUGAUGAUGAUCCUCAGCUUCAACCACAAUGCAAAGGGAAUCAUGUCCUGGAUAUUCCCACCAUCGAAGAGCCUCAGCCAUGCACAUAGCUUGGUGGCGAAGGCGACUACUACGCGACCAGUCCUCGACUUCCUGCUCAGCGGUGAUCCAAUUCCCAUCAAAUUGUCUAGCCAAAAGUCCGUAGACGUUGCAUUCUGGAGUUUCGAGACACUAAAGAUGGUUUCUAUCGUACACACCAGCGAAGAUGAAAGCAGCGGACGAGUAAAGAUCGAGCUCCCGUUCAGCGCAAUCAAGGUCGUUAUGCAGCCUUGGGGAUCUUUGAAUUGGACACUUUCCGGUGGCCAUGAACUGGAAGUGUCGCGUCUCUCUGGAUACGCGACAAGUUUUGUGAUUCUGGAAACAAUCAACGAGUCUAUCAAUUAA